AUGGAGAUGACACCCAAUGAGCAUGUUGCUUGGAACGCCCGGCUGAAGACUCCGGUGAUCUUCAACCACCACGCUCCCGUGACGAUUAACUCGACGACAAUAGAGCACGUUAACUUGAACCCGGUCCGCUCCACCCGCAAGGCUGCCGCCAACGAGGAACGCGUUCUCAUCCUGACCCCGAUCAAGGAUGCUGCGCGCUACCUGUCCAAGUACUUUGAGCUGAUCUCGGAGCUCACCUACCCACACCAUCUCAUUGACCUCGCCUUCCUCGUGUCCGACUCGACGGACGAGACGCUGGCUGUCCUGGCCAUGGAGCUGGACCGCAUCCAGAAGCGCCCGGACAAGAUUCCUUUCAACAGCGCCAUGGUUGUUGAGAAGGACUUUGACUUUCACCUGAGCCAGGACGUCACAGAGCGCCACUCGUUCGAGGCACAGGGUCCCCGUCGUAAGGCCCUGGGCCGUGCGCGGAACUACCUUUUGUCGGCCGCGCUGAAGCCCACCCAUUCCUGGGUGUACUGGCGCGACGUUGACAUCGUCGAGAGUCCCGAGACGAUCAUCGAGGACUUUGUCGCCCACGACCGCGACGUCCUUGUCCCCAACAUCUGGUUCCACCGUUACAGAGACGGCCGCGACAUUGAGGGACGAUUUGACUACAACUCCUGGGUCGAAUCAGACAAGGGCCGGAAACUGACCAAAAACCUUGACAAGGAUGUCGUUCUUGCAGAGGGUUAUAAGCAGUACGACACCGGUCGGACGUACAUGGCGCGCAUGGGCGACUGGCGGGACGACAAGAACAAAGAGAUUGAGCUUGAUGGUGUCGGCGGCGUCAACAUUCUCGUCAAGGCGGACGUCCACCGUUCCGGCAUCAACUUCCCCUGCUACGCUUUCGAGAACCAGGCCGAGACCGAGGGCUUCGCCAAAAUGGCCAAGCGGGCAGGCUACGGCGUGUACGGCCUGCCCAACUACGUGGUCUGGCACAUUGACACGGAAGAGAAAAGCGGCAACGCAUAA